AUGGCCGAAAUGAAAAGAAUGCUAGUUUUUGAAAUGACAGCUAUCUGGGAAAAGUCGUCACUUGUCACAAAUUUAAGUCAGAUACCAAUAUCAUGUUUAUCUGAAGCCGUGAAAGUAAAUAUGCACGGUUCGCUAGUUCUUGGGAAGGACGUAGUGGACACUAUUUCAGACUUUCUUGGAAAUUCUUACAUAACCGGAAGACGAUAUUUAAGAAGUAAUAAAGUAGACAUCGUUACUUCACUAACAGAAUCCUCAAAACUUUGUGAUUCCUUAGAAAUUUGUAACGAUAACCUUGAAGAAUUUGUUAAUCAGUACGUAAUCAUACUCAACAAAGCGAUUGAAACUAUUCUUGGUGGUGACUUAAAUCCAGGUUCAGGGAACAAAAUACAGGUUGAAGAAAGUGGUUUAGUAUUCGUUGAACAAUUUAAAGAUUUACUUAAAGUUAUUAAGAAACUUUUGAAGUCUGCAAACAGUAAAAUAACAGAUAAUAGUCAUAAUUAUAUUUGGACUGAUAUCGUUAAAAAAAUAAGUGCUAAAUUUCAGCAUAAAGCAGUCACAUUUAUUAGAGAUGAGAUACAUGGUAAUGAUAUCAGUGAAAUAAGAAAGAAGUUAACUCAGAAAAUAAUAAUUGCUAUAGUAGCUGUCGAAGUUAGAUUUCUAUCAAAACUUUGUUUUGAAUACAACAUUUGUGCACAGCUCAGUUUCUGUACAAAAGCAUUGAACACUAUACUAGAACGCUUCGAGACAUUGUCUGAAAAUAAUACUAGAAUAUUUGUUAAAGCAUUCUAUGAAUCUUUGCUUGAUACAACGUUUUAUUCCUUGUUAAACGAUGUCACGGCAAAUGAAUUUCAAAUUAUCUUAAAUGAUAUGCAUUAUUCUGAAAACAUAUCGGCGAAGAAUAUUCUUCAUUCCGUACAUAAAACUGUCAAGACCAGAAUUGAGUGUGUUAACUCAAAGACGGAUAUUACUAAGGGUUUUGACGUUAAAUUAGUGUAUAUUAUUUUAUCAGAUAUGGAUUAUAUUACUGACCAACACAAACAUGACCCAUUUCAGAUAUUUACAAAUCAAUUCCUAGACUGGGCUAACGGUGAAGGUAAAUUAAAGAAAUAUAUUGAUCAGGUCAUAAACAAGAUCAAGAGUAUGCUAUCUAAUAUACCAACAGAAGUGACACUGAAAUUAAUUAAUGAAGUGAGAGUAUUUUUGGAAAUAACAGUAGAUCCAGAAUAA